GUGCAGGAGAGGGCGGGAACGGUGGCUCAUUUCUAGAGCACUUUCUCUUUGCAUUCAUGAGAUUGCUUAGCCGCGCUUUGGAGAGGUUUGCAUCAGCUCGAAGUCCAUCUGACGAGAGGCUCCCUGGAGGAGGAGCUCCGCACUCGGAGGAGGAGCCAGGGUAGCCCCUGGGAGCGGGGACACAAUCCUCCAGGAUAAGAGGCAUUGCUGGGGAAGAACCGCAUCAGCCGGUUUGGCAGAAAAAGUUCCGGGAGCAGCCUCAUGGAAGAGAAGCAGAUCCUGUGCGUGGGGCUAGUGGUGCUGGACGUCAUCAGUCUGGUGGACAAGUACCCUAAGGAAGACACAGAGAUAAGGUGCUUGUCCCAGAGAUGGCAGCGUGGAGGCAAUGCGUCCAACUCCUGCACAGUUCUCUCCCUGCUUGGAGCUCCUUGUGCCUUCAUGGGCUCACUGGCCCCUGGCCAUGUUGCCGAUUUUGUCCUGGAUGACCUCCGCCGCUAUUCUGUGGACCUACGCUACACAGUCUUUCAGACCACAGGCUUCGUCCCCAUCUCCACAGUCAUCAUCAACAAGGCCAAUGGUAGCCGCACCAUCCUAUACUCCAGCUUCCUGGUGGCUGACUUCAGGCGGCGGGGCGUGGAUGUGUCUCAGGUGGCCUGGCAGAGAGACGGGGAGACCCCCAGUUCUUGCUGCAUCGUCAGCAACUCCAAUGGCAAUCGCACCAUUGUGCUCUAUGACACGAACCUGCCAGAUGUGUCUGCUAAGGACUUUGAGAAGGUUGAUCUGACCCGCUUCAAGUGGAUCCACUUUGAGGGCCGGAACGCAUCAGAGCAGGUGAAGAUGCUGCAGCGGGUAGAACAGCACAAUGCCAGGCAGCCUCCGGAGCAGAAGAUCCGGGUGUCCGUGGAGAUAGAGAAGCCCCGAGAGGAGCUGUUCCAGUUGUUUAACUACGGAGAUGUGGUGUUUGUCAGCAAAGACUUGGCCAAACACUUGGGAUUCCAGUCAGCGGAGGAAGCCCUGAGGGGCCUGUAUGGUCGUGUGAGGAAAGGGGCUGUGCUGGUCUGUGCCUGGGCUGAGGAGGGCGCCGGCGCCCUGGGCCCUGAUGGUCAGUUGCUCCACUCCGAUGCUUUCCCACCUCCCCGGGUGGUGGAUACUCUGGGGGCUGGAGACACCUUCAAUGCAUCCGUCAUCUUCAGCCUCUCCCAGGGGAAGAGCAUGCAGGAGGCCCUGAGGUUUGGCUGCCAGGUGGCCGGCAAGAAGUGUGGCCUGCAGGGCUUUGAUGGCAUUGUGUGAGAGCCUGUGGCAGCAGGCUGGCGUCACUGCUGCCGUGGCCCUCUCCUUUCCAUCCAGCUUGGCAUCCGGGCUGCCCUGCUCCUUGGGCAGACGCAAGCUGUGGAGAGGACUCUGCCUGUGUGUCCUGUGUCCCCCACAUGUCUCACCCUACAGAGCCU